GUCAGCUAUGGUAUGCAGAACGGAGUUCCGGGCCUCCGUCGCCGGGUGAUGAGGAUAGACGAUGGGAUUUGAAGGAACGAAGGCGUCUUGCAGCUGAUAUUUGUGCAAUACAUGGCACAAGCCUGUGUGAUCUGAACCAUCCACAACGACGAAGCCGCGGGGAAGGUGGAGGUGGAGCGGACUCGGGUCGACUUCCGUGUUUGUUUAGUUUGUCUUGUUUGUCCCAACAGAUGUUGAGCUCAACAGCCUCAACUAUUCCUACUUCUAUUUCUAUCACUACACAAUUAUUGAUAAGAUUAUAAUAAGACUUUGGACCAUCUAUAAUAUAUACAGCAUCUAGACUUUUUAUUUUACUGGUCGCGAUCUAGCGCCUCAAAUUCAUUGCUUAUUCGAGAUGCCACCUCGUCAGCGUCGUCCUACCGAAAUCCAUAAGAAGGAUCCAGGAGGCUGUCAGACAGCCUCUGUCGCGACUGCAGUCCUUGAAGAUCCCCCUCGGGCUAUCAGGUCACUCGUUCACUGGGAUGAGUUGCCCCAUUGGCAGCGAGAUAAUCAGCAUAUCCAUACAGGGUAUCGACCGGCGUCGUAUUCGUUUCGCGGCUCGUUCCAGUCCCUGACAUAUAUUCACAACGAGACUGUUAAUAUAUACACGCAUUUAUUGCCAUCUGUCCUGGCAAUCCCUGCCGCCAUUCAACUUUAUCGGGCCCUUGCCCCACGCUAUGAAACCGCCACGGAUGGCGAUAUUCGCGCUUUUGGCUGCUUCUUCGUGGGAGCAGCGUUUUGCCUAGGGAUGUCGGCGUUUUACCAUACUAUCUCGAACCAUUCCCCGACGGUGGCGCGCAUUGGAAACACGUUUGACUACAUUGGCAUUGUAGGACUGAUUGUGGGUAGUUUUGUUCCUAGCGUCUACUACGGCUUCUACUGCGUUCCUGAAUUGCAGAGGCUGUAUUGGUCCAUGAUAUGCACGAUUGGCCUUGGCUGCAUUGUGGUAUCGAUCUUCCCCAAGUUCCGGACCCCCCGCUGGCGUCCAUUCCGUGCAGCCAUGUUUGUCGGCAUGGGCCUGUCAGCAGUGUUUCCCGUCGUCCACGGGCUGCAACUGUACGGGCGUGACCAGAUGAUGCGACAGAUUGGCCUCGGCUGGCUUCUGCUCCAGGGAUUUUUGUACAUCCUGGGUGCGGGGAUAUAUGCAGCCCGAGUCCCCGAACGGUUGCGACCAGGGGGGUUCGAUCUUUGGGGAAGUUCGCAUCAGAUCUUUCAUGUGCUUGUAGUUUGCGCCGCGGUGGCUCAUCUGACGGGACUUCUGAGAGCUUUUGAUUAUAGACAUAACGGGACUGCUGGGAGCUGCCAAGUUUGA